GACAUGCUUGAACUAGCAAUGAACUAGGACAAUUCGCUGUAAAUGGACUUAUUGCAAGUAUAGUGCCAACGGCAAGAAUAAUCACACGGAUGAAGAAUGCAAUAGAUGAACAGAAGGAGUGGAACGGGCCCUUUUACUUCAUCCAGGCUGCAGACCCCCAGCUUGGCCUGAUGAAGGCGUGGAGGAUUGGUGACUGUGAUUCAGGAGGGGAUGACUGGACUGAGGAGGUCUAGCUCACAAAACAGGCAAUCCAAGCAAUCAACAAACUACAGCCCAGACCUCGCUUCCUGGUCCUGUGUGGAGACCUAGUCCAUGCUAUGCCUGGAUGUACGUUCAGUGAAGAACAGGUUAAGGACCUCAAAGAAGAACUGAGAGGCACUGACCCCGACAUUCCUCUUGUGUUCGUCAGCGGCAACCACGAUCUUGGCAAAACACCCACUCCGGAGAGCGUGGAGCAGUUCUGCCACGAUUGGGGCGAUGAUUACUUCAGUUUUUGGGUGGGUGGGGUGUUGUGUUUGGUGUUGAACUCUCAGUUCUUGUUCGACUCAUCAGGCUGCCCUGAGUUAAUGGAGGCCCAUGAGGUCUGGCUGGAGAGCCAGCUGCAGAGAGCCAUCCAGACCCCCUCUCGCCACCUGCUUGUCUUCCAGCACAUUCUGCUUUUCCUCCGUACACCCCAUGAAGAGGAUGACUACUUCAACCUGCAGAGGGGAAUCAGAGAGCGCUUGAUCCAGAGAUUCAAACAAGCAGGAGUGGAACGGGUUAGCUGUGUUCACUACCACAGAAAUGCAGGGUGCUGCUAUGAUGGGCUGGAUAUGGUGGUGAGCUCCGCUGUUGGUUGUCAGUUGGGAGACGACACUCAUGGUGUGCGAGUGGUGGUAGUUACUGAAGAUGACGUCAUCCAUCGCUACCAUAGUCUGGACCAAUUAACCGAAAGAGGAAUGGACGAAGACCUGAAGAAAUUUUUGGUUUGA